AGAUCUGAGCAGAGCUAUUUUACUUCGACUCGAACAGUCGUAACGAACGGACUUUAAAUUAUUCGAAAAUAAACGAAAAAUAUUAACGAACUUAUCAAAAUGAAUUGCCUAUCCGCGAUGUUCAAGUACUUGUUGUACUUCCUCAAUCUGGUAUUUGUUGCCGGUGGAAUUAUGAUGAUUGUGAUCGGUUCCAUAAUGGUGUCCAGCAUUGGCACCUUUGGAUCCUUUAGUGAUUCGGUGAAUGCCCAGACGAUUCCCAUUUCCAUAAUCGUCAUUGGUUGCGUCAUCUUCAUUGUCGCCUUCUUUGGCUGCUGCGGUACCAUCCGAGAGAAUGCCUGCUGCACCACAAUCUAUGCUGUCUGCAUGUUUAUUUUGUUCGCCCUGCAAUUGGCGCUAUCCAUCUGGAUCUUUGUGGAGAAUGAUAACUUUUUGGGCAAAAUGAACAAUCUGGUGGAAACGGCCUGGAAGCAAAAUGAUUCCGCCAACGGAUAUCCCAUGGAUGCACUGCAGUUAUCUUUCAAGUGCUGCGGCAAAGAAGGAUUUGCGGAUUAUAAUGGCAACGUGCCCGCCUCCUGCUGUGGAUAUUCCGAUCGUUCCCGAACCUGCGAGCAGGCCAUCUAUAUGACACGUCCUCCCUGUCGUACAGAGUUUAACAAUUUCUGGUCCUCCAACACGGAUCUCAUUCGCUGGAGCAGUUUGAUCAUAGCCCUCUUCGAGUUUGGCAUCUUCGUAAUUUCCUGCUGUUUGGCCAGCGCCAUGAGGAAGCAGCGUUCAGGAUAAAGACGCUUUAUAAAUUCGUAUUCGUAUUCAUUGAUCACCAGCCAAAAUGUUCAUCAAAGCCAUAAAUAAUCAAUAAACAAAUAGGUUUAAUACUUACAAAGAAA